AUGUACGGAGUGACUGAUAGAGAAAUAUGCACCACGGUUGUUAAGGAGCUCAAGAUGCCUAUAUCAGCUGAUGAGUUAGAGAUGCAGCUCGGUGAUCUUGCUAAGAAAUUUUUGCCAGGCGCUCCAUUACAAAAAGGUGCAGAAAGAUUGCUGACUCAUCUCUUUGACCACAAAAUCCCCAUGGCUUUAGCGACCAACUCUAGUGAGCAAGCAGUCAGGCUACACGCCACAGCUCGCCCCAAGCUCUUCGGAAUGUUCCACCAUAAGGCCAGGUGCACAUUGUUUAAGGUUUGUGCCAAUGAUCCGGAUGUGGAUAGGGGUAAACCGAAUCCGGAUAUAUACUUGGUAGCGGCCGCCAGGUUUCCAGAGAAACCAAAACCCAUACAGGUAAAUAAUAAAAUUACACCCACACAUCCAUCCAGUUGA